GAUUCAAUAAUGUGACAACAUGGUCAACAAUGGUUAGCUAGCUGUCCAGUGUUCCUCUACAAUACUAUUACAUAAAACGUGGAAAAUUAAAAACCAAGUAGGUGCGUCGUCGACCAUAUCCAAUCUCCUCAUAUAAAUAUUACAGAUACAUACGUGUUUCUUCUCCAUUGCUCUCUCUCUCUCUUUCCUUAUCUCUUCCUCUCUCCUAAAUUAAUCUCUUUCUCUUUCGCCGGAAAAAAUGGUGGACCAGAAAAAGUACGCUCUGUUUCUAGCGACUCCAGAUUCAGAGUUCGUGAAGAAAGCGUACGGAGGAUACCGCAACGUGUUUGUGUCGACGUUCGGAGACGAAGGAGAGCAUUGGGACUCGUUUAGGGUUUGCGAAGGCGAGUUUCCCGACGAGAAAGAUCUUGAGAAGUACGAUGGUUUCGUUAUCAGUGGAAGCUCUCACGACGCCUUCGAGAAUCAUGAUUGGAUCCUUAAGCUUUGUGAUAUCGUUAAGAAACUCGAUGAGAUGAAGAAGAAAGUUCUCGGCAUCUGCUUUGGUCACCAGAUCAUAGCCAGAAUAAGAGGAGGAACCGUGGGAAGAGCAAGAAAGGGACCGGAACUUAAACUCGGAGACAUAACCAUCGUUAAGGAUGCGAUUAAGCCGGGAAGUUACUUCGGAAACGAGAUUCCGGAUAGCAUAGCGAUCAUAAAGUGCCACCAGGACGAAGUGUUGGUGGUGCCGGAAACUGCCAAAGUACUAGCUUAUUCCGACAACUACGAGGUGGAGAUGUUUUCUAUUGAGGAUCAUUUCUUCUGUAUUCAAGGACAUCCCGAGUAUAACAAAGAGAUUCUCUUCGAGAUCAUCGAUCGUGUUCUUGGUCUUGGCUACAUCAAGCAAGACUUUGCGGACGCGGCAAAGGCAUCUAUGGCGACUAGGGAAGCAGACAGGAAACUUUGGGAGACGGUUUGCAAGAAUUUCCUCAAAGGCAGACUUCCCACUAAUUAAUUAUUUUCACUCCCAAAUUCUCUAUUUGGUUCGUGUUAUAUUGGAACAUUUUAUGGAUUUGUUAUCUUGCUCUAUUCCUCCUAUUUAAUGUAUAACCUAUUAAUCUCAUCAUGUCAUAUUUGUGUUGUAUAAGGAAAUGAGUUCAAUAAAAAUCAUUUGCAGUUUUUGCAUGUCAUCUUAGGCUCCAAGCGUUCUUUAGUUAUCUGAUUGAGGAGUCUAUUUUUUUCUGUUUACAUUUACUUAUACUGAUCCG